UGGAAGAAUCCGUUUUGGAACACUGGGGAGCAGUGCAAAGAGUCAUCAGGAUAAGCCCAUGUAUUUUGGGUCCUCUGAACAGGCGUAAGAUGAAGCAAGGUGAUUGCACAAGGAAGCAGACCAUCCAAGUGUCAAAAUGAAAAAGGGGUGGUGAAGGGGCCGCCAACCCAACUCCAUUGAGAGCACCACUUGGUCUUCUUGCAAGCCUGCAAAUGGCUUCUAGGUCAACAAAGAUGCCUGACAACUUCAAUAUAUACCAUCUACUCAAGGGUGCCCUUCCCUUGGAGAGUUCGGACGAGGCAAUGGACAGAUCCGACGACGAGACAAACCCCCAAUACCAAGGACUAACUGGUCUGCGGAACUUGGGCAACACCUGCUACAUGAAUGCUGUCAUACAGUGCCUCUGCAGUGUUUCCCCGCUGGUGGAAUAUUUCCUCUCUGGAAGGUAUACAGCAUCGCUAAACAAGGAGGAUGGAGAGAUAGCGACUGCUUUUGCUUAUUUGAUGAAUGAUAUGUGGCUGGGGGACUUUGACUGCGUGUCCCCAGAGGUGUUCCGAUUGGUCAUUGGUGAGCGAUACCCGGCUUUCAUCAAGAAGACCCAGCAGGAUGCCCAGGAGUUUCUGAUUUAUGUCUUGAAUGAGCUGCAUGAAGCUCUCAAGAAGACAAGUAGGAGAAGAAACCAGGGGACCUCAUCGUCUGCUUGGGAAUCCAGGGGCUGCGUCGGCGAGUCCUCUAUAAUCACCCGGCUUUUUGAAGGACAUCUCAGUUAUGACAUCAUGUGUUUGGAAUGCCAAACGACGACAUACAAAAAUGAGAUCUUCACCGUAUUAUCUCUUCCCAUUCCUUACGAAACUGAAUGUUCGCUAGAGGAAUGCCUCGAAUGCUUCUUUCAGCAAGACAUAUUGACUUGGAACAACCAAAUUAACUGCUCCUGCUGUGGGAUAAAGACAGAUGCCGCUGUGAGAGCCAGCAUAGCGAAGGCGCCAAAAAUAGUUAUCUUCCAUCUAAAGAGGUUUGACUGUCAAGGCAGUUAUAAGAAGAAACUGAAAACCGACAUCUACUAUCCGUUAAAUAACCUGGAUUUGUCCUCUUACAUAUAUCCACUCUUUCGGAAAAACCCAAAAUACAGCCUAUUUGCUGUGGUGAACCAUUUUGGAGAUCUGGAUGGUGGUCACUACACUGCAUACUGCAAACACCCUCCCACCCAAAGCUGGUACAACUUUGACGACUCUCAGAUCAGCGAGAUCCCGGACCCUUCUGUGCAAACGUCUGCAGCUUAUCUGCUGUUUUACAGCAGUCAAACUUUCUCUGUGCCGGUAAAAAACCAAAAUGGCUAGGAAACGCACUGGAAACCAUCGCGUACAUAGGAUGCAGUGGUACUGUUAGCAAACGUUUCCUGACCCGGGCCGGCCAGGUUUCGAGUCAUCCUUAAGGAAAAGGAACCACAUUUCCUAAUGCCUGCGUUCAGGCUGUAACGUGGUAUUUAAAAAUGGGAUUGUGAACAGCUUCUCCCUUCAGCGAAAAGACAGGUGCCAGACACGAACUCAUUUUCAGUAAGCUUUCGGAGAAAGCCACAAACCGCUAGAUAAAUAAAGUCUUCCUGGGCAGCCAGAGUCUAAA